UUGACUUGUACUAAGUUGUAGACAAGGACACGUUUUGUGCUGAGUCCGUUUGUGCUUCUCCGAGCUUCUGUCAUUGUUCCAGUUUGUUGUGACUUUUCACUACAAUAGUAUCGCUUACUAUCCCUAGUCUAGAAUAGGGCCGUGAGCGGCAGUUCUAACAGCAGCAAUUGCAAUUGAUGAGCUAUUGGGGAUUUUUUGCAUUACUGAUUUCCCAUGUCCAUCGUGACAGAGUUCGCUGUAUCACUGCUACACUAACACAGCGGAGUACAGUUCCGCAGGGUUGCUAUGCUGAGACAGUCAACCGUAUGCUCCCUAAUUGAUGUGGCGAAGCCAAACCCAGGGAGCCAGGCAAAGUCUGGAUCUGAGAAGCGGCAGGUGUGGCGGUUGCACAAGUAUGCUCGAUUUGUUCCGAUAGAGCAUGGAGGCGGACAAUCCAGUACUGCCGCUACAACAGGAGGAACAUGGAAACACUAUGGCAGCACAGCAGGUGAGAAUGAUGGAGAGUUGAGUCUGAGUAUACUGGAGGGAGGCCACCUGUUGAUCGGAGUCGACAGAGAAAUUCUGGAAAACCUCAUGCUAUGGAAUGCACACAAGUGGCUGAGAAUUGCGCGAAAAGGAGACAGUCUUCUGUUUGUGUCACUCAACCCUGGGCAGACAAAUCGAAGAUUUCGCGUACGAUUCCAGGGUGAUGAAGAGGAGAGCAAUGAGGAGGCUUGCGAGCGCUGUAUAUCCUUGCUACAGUCAUAUACAGACAUCAAAGAGCUGUCCUCAGAAGCGGACGAUCAAGACAUACCGCCAUCCAGAGACAACAGUCGUCCAAACACAUAUCAGCCAUCCUCAGUCGGGAAGCAGACAGUAGGUGCAGCUACAGCGCCAUCUUCCACAAUGUUGCCUUCCCAUCAGGCCGGCAUAGCAACACUCGCAACACCCAGCGCUGGCAUAGUACGCAGUGGCACCACUCCUACCAGCAGCAAUAGCAGCAUGUCUGCUGGUCCCCUUAGAAUGAGUACGGGAAGCUUGGCCAGACAUCUCGUCUUACCAGCAUCUGAGGAAGAGCUGCCGCUGAGCGAAGCAUUCAAGCGUUUGACUACAUCUGGUACAAACUGGCCCACGCACCAGAUGCGUACUGUGUUACAUCUGUGCCUGUCUGACUCAAACUUUCCGGCAUUCGUAGAACAGGUUGAGAAGGAGUUGAAAAAGGUUAUGAACAAUGAUUGAUUGCACCAGGCAAUGCUUAGCGCUGACAAACACAGCAUCCAUUUCUAUCCGUUCUAUUCUUUUUUACAGAAGUUCAUUCAUAUUCUUUGGAAGUGUGACUAUAGUCUUUUCUUUAGUCCUUUCUUGUACAAUUUGAUAGGUGUGUUUUAGUUGAAGAACCUUUUAUUUAAUACUUUACACCGGUUUCACAUUUCCUCAAAACGGCUCGGCAAUCGUAAGCUCAGGCCAUUGCUUGCCACGUACAUGCACAACAUAAUACAGGCCUGCUGCUGCUCUGGUUAACCAGCAGGCAGGAAGUCGACAAAAACCAUAAAAUACCAGUAUUGUAUAAGGGAGUCGUACAAUACCGGUUUCUAAGUGGAGAUGCCGCGAGAUGGAUUCUUUGCGCAAUACAAUAACAAGCGCAAGCUCAAACAUUGCUGCUCUCGGUCUGCUGGUGAC